AUGUCCGUCUCGACUCCCACCUCCUCUACCGGCCAUGUGCCACCCAACGGCGCGGCGGACCUCGAUCCACUGGAUGCAGCUGAUUACGAUCCGAUCGACCACCUGAAUGCGAUUUUCUCCCACCCCUCCACCCUCUCCUCCGUGUCCGAGGUGUCCCAAGCCCUCCGUGAAUAUGAAGACGAGCUCGACCAUGACAUUGCCACGCUGGUGGAGGAGCAGGUUACCUCCAAUGCCGAGAGUGUGGAGCGCAUUCAGGCAGCCAAGGCCGAUUUAACGGAACUGUUCAAGAAGAUCGACGAAGUGCGCGACCGCGCAUCCAAGACGGAACAAGCGAUUACGGAGAUGACGGCGGACAUCAAGCAGCUGGACAAUGCGAAAAAGAAUCUGACGCAGUCCAUGACCGCACUCAAGAGGCUGCAGAUGCUGACGACGGCGUAUGAUCAGCUCCGUGCCCUGAGCAAGACGAGGCAGUACCGCGACUGCGCGCAGCUGCUGCAGGCGGUGAUUCAGCUGAUGGCGCACUUCAAGUCAUACCGAUCGAUUGAUCAAAUUGCGCUCCUGAGUAGGAACGUGGCGGAUAUUCAGCGGGAAUUGCUGGAACAGGUCUGUGAGGACUUUGAGUUGGCCUUUGCUAAGGGGGAAGUUGCUCAGAAUCGGAUCACGCUGUCGGAGGGCUGUCAGGUCAUAGAUGCGCUGGGCGAGAGUGCGAGGUCCAGGCUGGUGACCUGGUAUUGCAAUUUUCAGUUGCGGGAGUAUCGGCAGGUUUUCCGGAACAACGAAGAGGCAGGCUCGUUGGACAAUAUUUCCCGCAGGUAUUCGUGGUUCCGACGCAUUCUGAAGAUCUACGAUGAGGAGUAUGCGGCGAUUUUCCCAGCGUCUUGGAGGGUUAAUGAGAUCCUCGCGAAUGUCUUCUGUGAGGGAACCCGCGACGAUUUCAAGGGGAUAUUGUCUCGGUCUGUUCGGAACGGUCAGACGAUCGAUGUUAAUUUGCUACUUUCUUGUCUUCAGGAGACUCUGGACUUUGAGCAUUCCCUUGAGCGCCGGUUUGCCAGCCCGGCCCGGCCGUCUACUGACACCUUCGCCUCAACCGAGACACCCGUCUUUGGUCAGGCUAUUUCGGAGGCAUUCGAACCAUACCUGAGCGUAUGGGUUGAAGCUCAAGACAAGCAGCUGGCUGCGCUUAUACCUAAGUACCGGCAACAACCCAUUCGACCACCGGACGAGGAAUUCGAUUGCCACAUAGUAAUAUCCUCAUCUACAGAACUCUUUACUUUCUAUCGACACUCCCUGCAGCAGUGUGCCAAACUCUCCACUGGCGGAAGCCUUGCUGACCUGGCCAAGGUCUUUGCCAAGUAUCUGGAUCAGUAUGCGCAGCAAGUUCUUCUGAAUUAUAUUAGUGAACGACCUACAGGCCAUACACCGUCAAAUGUGCCAUCGUUGGAAGACCUCAUCUUGGUCCUCAAUACAGCCGAUUACUGCUACACCACUUGCAACCAGUUGGAGGAGAAGAUCAAAGGUAGGCUCGACAAGAACCUCAAGCAAAGUGUGGACCUGCAAAGUCAAGCAGACUCGUUCAUGGGCAUUGCAUCUGCCGCAAUUAGAGGUCUGGUACGGAAAGUCGAAAUCAACCUAGAACCCUCUUGGCGCGAAAUGCGCAACACGCCCUGGAGUCGUCUCGACGCCGUUAGUGACCACAGCCCUUAUGUUGGGGAGCUUCUGUCCAAGACCCAGGCCACGUUCUCAGAAAUUUUGCAGUUCUUGCAUAAGCAGCAGUAUGCUAGAGCCUUCGCCGACCAUGUCGUAGAGCUCUUGUCGACCCAGUUCAUCUCGAAUAUAUCCCAAUGCAAACCUAUUACGGAGACUGGCGCGGAGCAGAUGCUUCUUGACACAUACACUCUCAAAACCGGCCUUUCCUCCCUCCUCCCGGCACCAGCUCCAGCAAGUUUCGUAAAGCGCGUCAACGCCAGCUUCUCAAAGAUCGAAACCCUCCUCAAGACCCUGCAAGUCCAGCCCUCGCCCCCCGAAGCCCUCGUCCAAGCAUAUCUCAUCCAUAUCGCGGACCGCAACAAUGCAAAUUUCCGCAAGAUCCUCGACCUUAAGGGCAUCCGCAGCCGCCAGGAGCAGAAUCAGCUCGUGGAACUAUUCCAGGUCCAUCGCACCUCCGAUCGCUACGCCUCGAAUCUUCAGCAGAGCAACCCCGUCCUAGCCGCCAUGCAGACCACUCCUGCCCUCUCGUCGAGUUCCGUCUCCCAGGGUCUCGGACUAGGAGCUGCCGCGUCCAUUAGCGCCUCGAAUCUACCCACUCGCUUUGACCCGUCCAUGCUCGGGUCCGCCCUCAUCUCAGCGGCCAAGGACGGCGUUGAUCGAUUUGGCACGCCGUCCAGCGGCACUAAUCCUAGUAGCAGCACCGGCGGCGUAUCCACCCCACCCCAUUCUGGAACGACAGGACAGGGGCAGGGUCAAGGCGGGGAAAUGAGCUCGAAUUUGAACGAGAAUUUGAAGAAUAUUGGGAAAUUCUUCAGGAGAGAUCUGGGAGGGUUUGGGGGUAGAUUUGGCGGUAGUUGA